ACGGCGGGCGGGGCGCCGGCGCAGGGCGCAGGCGCUGAUCCUAGGCGGCUGGGUCAGCUGACCCGAGGGAUCCGCUCGAACCGAUUUAGGCCGCGUCCCGCGGCCUUAGAGUCGCCGCAGCCAUGGCCAGCCAGUCGCAGGGCAUUCAGCAGCUGCUGCAGGCCGAGAAGCGGGCCGCCGAGAAAGUGUCGGAGGCCCGCAAGCGAAAGAACCGGAGGCUGAAGCAGGCCAAAGAAGAAGCUCAGGCUGAAAUUGAACAAUACCGUCUGCAAAGAGAGAAGGAGUUCAAGGCCAAGGAAGCUGCGGCUCUGGGAUCCCAUGGCAGCUGCAGCACCGAAGUGGAGAAGGAGACCCAGGAGAAGAUGACCAUCCUCCAGGCCUACUUCCAGCAGAACAGGGAUGAAGUCCUGGAUAACCUGCUGGCCUUUGUCUGUGACAUCCGGCCAGAAAUCCAUGAAAACUACCGCAUAAAUGGAUAGGGGAGGAAGGAGCAGCUCUGCGUGCAGAUUGGCAUGUUAGAUGCCUUCAUGGAAUACGAAGCUUCGGCAAAGCUUGAGUAGUUACAUCCUUGUGAAAAGGCAUUAAAUUAUUUCUGUGUAUCACGUAGUAGGUCCCUUCACUUCUUGGAGAAUAGCAAAUCUAGCUUCUUUGUACAAACGUAGAGCGUAUCCAAAGAUUUUCUCCUUUUACCUCAUGUUUCUUAGAAAUUUAAUGUGUAUACGUUGUCUGUUUUCCUAUGCCUUUUAGUUCAAGCAACAUAUGUAUCAAUACUUUUUCUUUCUUAGAUGUAGGAAAAAAAAAAACUGUUUAAAGAAAGAAAGGGAUUAAAUUUUUUUUUUCCCUAAAGCUUUCUUGAAGGUCAGGGGCUUUCUCUAUGAAAAAGUAGUAAAUAGUUACUAUAACUUGUGUGAAGCAGCAGCUGGCCUUAAGUCCUCUCGGCUAAGGGUGGAACAGCGAAUACUAGUAUAUAUUGUUCGGGCUGCUCUUAGUUUCUCUUACCCAAAAUUAUUAGAUGAUAGAAUUCAAGAACUUCUUGUAUACGUGUUCUUACUUGGUGUACUGAUAAUCAUUUGAAAGUAAAGACUUUGUCAUGCAUUUCCACUGCUCUGGUUCAUCCUUUCUGAUAAUGCAGAGUGCACUUUGAGAUGUUCUGCAGAACUUCACUUAGGAAAUUAAAUUAGCACAUGUAGCACAUACCCAUUUGCACGCAUACUCAGAAAAUGUUUGUGGUAUGUAUCUUAGCAGGAAGGAAAUCACUUGUGAUUUCACCCAGCAGCCAGUUCGAAAAACAACAUCCGACCAGUAGUAAGUCUGCAGUUUGCCUUUUCUCUAGAGCACCCUGGCCCGGGGCAGCCUUGGGCAAGUUAUCAAGCAUAUUUCCUCCCUGGCGGGCUACAUGAUAUGUAUAAUACCUAUAGGAACUUCACACUAGCUCUUAAGAGUUAAAUGCUCUGUGACUCUCUAUUAGCCGAAAGUCUUUGGCUGCAAAAUAAUUUCUAGUAGAUAACAAACAGUUGAGAGAGAACACUGUGGGAUUUCCUUGCUUGUUCUGAAAAAGUAUGAGAACAUUAGAUGCGCUUUAAGAAAAUCACAUUUUAUGAGACUCAGGAUGGGUUGAUUUUAGGCCAUGUUUGUCUCUAGUCACUGUUCUGUUUAUAGUACGAUUCCUCAAAAGAGUUCCAUAUGAGCUUUUCCAGUUUUGACUGUGAAAGCACCCCAGUCAGGCUUGCCACUCCAAUGAAAGUGAGUGUCAAGGUCAGCAGUGAUGACUGGAUUGAUUGGUCCAAUCUUCUUCCCCCUUGACCUUCAGUCCUGUUUGACAGGGUUGACCAGUUCUUCUUGAACCACUUUCUUAGCUUUAUUCUGCAGUGAUGUGUUACCUUGUGCCUCUGUCUCUUGCUUUAGUUCUAACUCCCAGGGAUUUGUUCUUGGACUUUGGUAUGCUCAUUCCCUUGUUGAAACCCACCUUCUCUUCAUGGCUUUAAAUAACCAUCUCUGUUGAAGACCCAAGUUUAUAUUCAGCUUCUCUCUUCUGAACUGUAGAGUUGUCAAUUGCUUAUUUGCUCUUUUGGUUUGGAUAUCUAAUAAACAUCUCCAUCUUAAAGUGUU